CAAACUCAUUCAAAACUUGGCAGGCUCAAAUUGUUUCACCGGCUGAGCUUUGAAGUGGAACAGGAAUUCAACACAGAAACUUGUCAUUGGUCGCUCAGAAAAGAGCCCGCCUAUUAUCUCACUAUGUGGGAUUUGAUUGGUUCACAUUACCGACAGCCACGCCUCUCACUCGUGACGUCCUUCGGGCGCUGUAGGAACUCCAGUAAGUAGUGGUGAUGUUGUGGUUAUCCAUGCCGCCGACACAUUCUCCGAUCGUUCUCUUGUACGGAAGGCCACCUGUUGCGAGAGCUCCCCACGCAUGGAGUUGAGCUCGGACCGUGCGGUGGCAAGGCUGGAGAUGUCGCAGAUCCAGAACGAAGACGGGGAGCCUUUUAAUGAGAGCAGCGACGGGGACUACGAGAGCUUGCCGCCUCAUGUCUCCGUGACGACCCACAUGACAGCCGGAGCCGUGGCAGGCAUACUGGAGCACACGGUGAUGUUCCCCGUGGACUCUGUCAAGACACGGAUGCAGAGCCUGCAGCCGGACCCCAACGCACAAUACAAGAGCGUGUAUGAAGCCCUGAAACGGAUCAUCAAGACGGAGGGGAUCUUCAGACCGCUGAGGGGCCUCAACAUUACCAUGAUGGCAGCGGGGCCCGCCCAUGCGCUCUACUUUGCCUGCUACGAGCGCGUCAAGCACUCUCUGAGUCACAUCAUUCAGAGCGGAGGCAACAGCCACAUAGCCAACGGCGUGGCAGGGAGUGUGGCCACUGUUCUGCAUGACGCCAUCAUGAAUCCAGCUGAAGUGGUAAAGCAGAGGAUGCAGAUGUACAACUCUCCCUAUCGAGGACUUUGGGACUGUGUUCGGACAGUGAAGCACACCGAAGGCAUCGGCGCCUUCUACCGCAGCUACAGCACUCAGCUGACCAUGAACAUCCCCUUCCAGGUGGUUCACUUCAUCACCUACGAACUGAUGCAGGAGCAGCUGAACCCUCACAGGCUCUACAACCCGAGCAGCCACAUAGUGUCGGGAGCGGUGGCGGGGGCGGUUUCCGCCGCGGUGACCACUCCGCUGGACGUUUGUAAAACGCUGCUCAACACGCAGGAGAAUGUCGCGCUGAGCUCUGUGAACAUCAGCGGCCACCUGUCGGGAAUGGCCAAUGCUUUCAGGACGGUGUACAGACUGGGAGGUCUGGCAGCAUUUUACAAAGGCGUCCAAGCUCGGGUUAUAUACCAGAUGCCCUCUACUGCCAUCGCCUGGUCGGUGUACGAGUUCUUCAAGUACUUCCUGACGAAGCAGAAGCUAGAACAAGAGGCGGCAUCCGGGCAGCUGUGAUGCUCGCCUUUCCUUGACUCAUGAAACACUCCCAGCCCAAAGGAUGCGAGAGUCAGUGAGGAGGAAAACGGCACCAAGACACCAGGUGGCGGUGUGGCGUUUUAAUUCCAUUCGUCAUUGUCAUCUCAUUACCUGGGUUUGUGGGGUUUUUUUUUAUUUCUUUAUUUUAGUUACAGCGAUGGCUGCACUACCACUCUAUGCAAAAAAGAGGAUUUAUCUCAAAUAGACAUAGUGUCAUAUUUAACUGCACCGUUUCGCUCCACUACCAAGUCAGUCACAGCUCAGUUCCCUGUUGUCUCCAUGUGGUGAGCACAUGAUGAAGUUGUCUGAAACUAUGUUUAUUUGUCUGAAAUAUUGGAACUUUUUAUUUAUUUGGUUAGCUUCCUCUAGCUUGGAGCUUAUAGCUGCGUAGGAAAGCACAGUGCUGUUUGUUUUGUUAUGUGUUUACGAAAACGUUUUUUCGACAUCCUUUAAUUCCAGCACUUUGCGGGAGAGACAGCGAUGUCAUAUAAGUGCCUAACUAAUAUCAAACACCGCUCCACCCAUUUCUGUUGUACUUUUAUAUAGGAAUACUUGAUUGGUUCUAGGCCCAAGAUGCAUUUAAACACGCACACUUCUUCCUCUGUUUCAAAGUAUGUGGGCCAUGGCAAACCAAUUACAGGUGAAUCUCAGUGAAUCAGAAGAUAGUAACAGAAAUGUAUUUUAUUUCAGGAAUGCAAUUCAAAAUUUAAAUCUCAUGUUUUAUAGAUUGUUUACAAGCAAUGUGAUGUAUCAGACUGAUUUAGUUGCUAAUUUUGAUGCUUGAUGGCAUGCAGCUAAUGGAAAACCCAAAACAAAAUCUUGCAGGAAGUUCAAAUUUUACACAAGACCAAUAAAAAGCAUUAUUAAUGCAGCAAUGUGAGUCUAAGAGAAGUAUAUCCAUGUACUGUUGAGUGCAUGCAGACAGCGCUCGAUAGGAACUCCUUACUGCAUCAGUGCAGCGUUGCAUGCAGGUGGUCUGCUGGAGUGCAGCCCAGGUUACAUAACUACCUUCAGCUCAUCUGCAUCGUUGGGUCUGUGAGGCCAGGUGAAGGCAGAUGACAAGACCUGCUGGAUUAUGUAAUCUGGAUUUACUGGCUCCAGAUCUACAACUAGUCACUCGCCUCUAAAAUGUAUGAAUGGAUUUUGGCUCACAAUCUUCUUAAGACUGCACUAUCCCUGCUGCUUGGGCACGCCCACAUUUUUUCCUUCCACUUAUCUUUACGUUAACAUGCUAGGAUAAAGCACUCUGUGAAUGGCCAAUAUCUUUGGCAACUUUUUUUUUAAUGGAUUCCCCUCCUUGUGUCAGUUUCAGGACAACUGUGAACUCGGCAGUCUUUCUCCAUGGUUUUGUGGGCCAUAGCUUCGUCACACUAUAACAGUUUUGCAUUAAAGUCAUUUUAUUUUUUACUGUUAUGGAAUAGUCAAAUUUUCUGUUUUGCUGAAUGUUAGGUUUUCCUUAGCUGUAGGUCUAAAUCACUUAAAUUAAUCAAAUUAAGUUUUUAAAACUGCUUUGUGUAAAACAAAAAAAAUAAAAGCUUAAUGAGGCAAUCACGUACAACAGAGUCUGUUGCAGAACAUUGGCAGCUUGUUUACAUGAAUUCAGAGGAUAUAUUUAUAUACUGAAAUUGUCGAUUCCUGAGAACUCUCUGGAUCAGAUCCCACUGUCGCCUUGGAAGACGGCAGCAGUGAUUAGCUUUUGUGAGACUUGUUUUGUCAUAGCAACCUUAAAGGCCUUAGAUUGUCUGAAUCAUCCAAAAUAUUUCUUAUAUUUUCCUUAUGUGAUUAUGUGAUUAAAAGGUAAGCUUGUAAAUGAAGUUUUUAAACUAAGCAAUACUGCUGUCCUUGUGGGGUCAGUACAAAAAAAACAACAGAAAAACCCUGCAGAUCCGAUCAGAGCGUUUUAUUUUCUUCCAUCCUGUUGAAGUUACUCAUUUCCUGUGUGCUCAAUGCUUUUUUUUUUUUUUUUUUUAGCCUAUUUUCUAUUUUUUGAUUCAGCUUUCAGGAUAUUUAGCCAGAUUGAUGCAAAUCGCAGAGCAUUCUGAUUUAUUUGUUUAUGAUUACUGAGAGGGUUUAUUUUUUGUUCUGAAGACGUUUGGCAGAUUCCAGUGUUCUCUCAAACUCCAUGAACUGCUCUGGGUUGUGUGUUCAGACAUAACCAAACCAAAGAUGUGUGUUGCUUUCUUUUUGCAUUCUGAUUUUAAUCUGCUGUGGACAUUCAUUCCGUUUCUGCUGUUUAACCUCCAUAUAGUGUUAAUUUAGUAAGAAAAACUUGAAUUUAUUUUGUUACAGCUUCUGUUUUAUAGAUUGAGAUUUUCUACAAAUUUCACUUUUCUCAAAGUGUUUUUUUUAAUUUUUUUUAAUGUUUUUAGUUUGCCUCAGACGAUCAGAUUUCAAACCAAGUUUUUAGCUACUUGUCUUAACCUAGUUGAGCUGGUUUAGCGUACGUAACCUUCUCAUGACUUCACAGAAAUCCAACAGAUUUUACCUACAGCAUAAAUGCAUCUUUAUAUUUUUUUUUAUUAUAUUUGUUUUGCUGUUUUAAUGGAGUAAAAUCAGAUCAUAUCUCAGAUCGCCGACAAAGCAUUUCUCUUAUAUCAAAAUACAUUUGCAUUUGAAAUGCAUGCACUCAUCAUUCAGAGUGACGAGGAAUGUUUUGAGACUAUGAUCACUGUUUGAUUAAGAGGAAACAUUUGUAUUCUAUAGAGGGAAGAGUUUCAUGAUGUAAUUAUGUUUAUAGUAUUUAUGUAGAGUUGAUUAAAGUGGGAAGUGGUCUGACUUCUGCCGAGUUCCAUCUCCGGAUCUGGAAGGCUUGGAAUUUUGACAAUGCAAACAAAACAUGAUUGUGAAAAUGCUGCUACAGUUUGUAACACUGGAGCUGAAAUAAACGCGGAGAUGAGGAA